AGGAGGUCUUGUCGACGCUGAACAUAUUUACGCGCGAUCGUACACACGCUUUGCGGUGCUCACGGACACACGCUCCGCUCUCCUCCGACUGGCUCGUAUGCGCGUAGAGAUCUAGGUUACCGGAUGUGACGACACAGCCCAGUCUGUAAUCCGCUAGAACCCAGACGGCCGAGUUCCACGAGUGUCGCCGCGGUGGAAAGCGUCGAUAAAAUAGAGACGUUAGCCGGGCGAGGAAACUUACUGGGUCCUUCUUCUCUGCUCUCCGCUUCGUUAUGGCUCUGGUUCGCCGUUGCGCCGAAGGUUCGGUCCUUUGAAACUGAGAAAUGGGGAACCUCGUCUCGGCGGAUGAGAUGCUGCGCAGCGAUGCUGGUCUAGUCCUCUGACGGUUUCGUGGUUUUCAGGUGCACCCGACGCCGCCACAGAUGUGGCCCUUACCUCUGAUGAGACUCCUCUACAUGCACGGACGGGAUGUGUUGAUUGACAGGUCGUCAUCUGGUUUGGAGGGAUGACAAGAUAUUGGCAGACAUGGAGACAGGGGAGACAUACACUAUGAAAAGCCAUGCUCACUUAGUCUAGCUGUUCCAAAUCGUGUCUCUGCGUCAAUCUCAGGUGAAAGUAAAUCCUAUUUUAUUUUUUCUAUAAACCUCCACACCGUGACUUGGUGGGCUUAUUGUAACUGCUAGAAGCUAUCAACACAUAUCAAAAAUGAGUUCAGAGGGCUUUCAGUACCGGGCACUUUAUGACUAUAAGAAGGAGAGAGAGGAGGACAUUGACUUGCAUGUAGGGGACAUGCUGCUGGUCAGUAAGGGGGCCCUGCUGGCCCUGGGAUGCAGCAGCGGAGCCGAGGAGAGGCCCUCAGAGAUCGGCUGGCUGCCAGGCUUCAAUGAGACCACACAGGAAAAAGGAGACUUCCCGGGGACCUACGUGGAGUUCAUUGGCAGGAAGAGGAUGUCUCCGCCCACACCCAAGCCCCGCCCACCCAGACCACCCUCUGCAGCAUCAGCCAGAGCAGACUCGGAGUCAGAGGGCUUUGUUCUACCAGACCUACCAGACCAAUUUGGGCCCCCUGAGACUGCCCCCUUACUCCUCAGCAGACUGAUGGAGACAAUCGAGGCCAAAGGUGUAGAGAGUCCCAGUCUGUACUGGAGUUUCGGUGGAGGAGGUCUGGAUGCCAGGCAGCUGGCCGACUCUGACCUGGACCAGUUGGAGGCAUCCACACUCUGUGACGGGGUGGUGAGAUUCCUGCAGGACCUGCCGGGACCCGUUCUGCCGAGCUCGCUGCAGGCCGACAUGGUGCACACUGUGCAAGAGGUGCGAGAGGCGGAGGAGUGUGCUCAGGUGUUGCGGGGCAUCGCCAGCAGCCCCGCCUGUCCGCCCCAGUACGGCCUCACCUUCCUUAGCCUGCUGCGCCACCUCGCCCGUCUCUGCUCGCUAAACCCCAGGAACCAGAUCAACCCGAGGGCCCUCGCCGAGGGAUUCAGCCCACUGAUAUUCAGACAGGCUGCCAGCUGUGAGUCCGGUCCGGAUCCUUUGGUUCAGGUUCUAGAAGUUCUGAUCACCAGUGAACUCAACAUGAGCCAGGCCGCUCCAGCAUUGCCUCCUAAACCAAUCAAGCCAUCCACUCCAGUCCCCAGCAGCACAGCUCUGCAGGACUCAGAGUGGUACUGGGGGGACAUCUCGAGAGAGGAGGUGAAUGAGAAGCUCAGAGAUACGGCGGACGGUACUUUCCUCGUCAGAGACGCCUCCACCAAGAUGCACGGAGAUUACACCCUCACUCUGAGGAAAGGAGGCAACAACAAACUGAUAAAGAUCUUCCACCGCGAGGGGAAGUAUGGCUUCUCCGACCCCUUGACGUUCAGCUCUGUGGUAGAGCUGAUCAACCACUACCGCCAUGAGUCUCUGGCCCAGUACAACCCCAAACUAGAUGUCAAGUUGCUCUACCCCGUCUCCAAACACCAACAGGACCAGGUGGUGAAGGAGGACAGCAUUGAGGCUGUGGGGAAGAAACUCCAUGAGUACCACCUGCAGUACCAGGAGAAGAACCGCGAGUAUGACAGACUAUACGAAGAAUACACCAGAACCUCCCAGGAGAUCCAGAUGAAGAGGACGGCCAUCGAGGCCUUCAACGAGACCAUAAAGAUCUUUGAGGAGCAGUGCCAGACACAGGAGCGAUUCAGCAAAGAGUACAUUGAGAAGUUCCGCCGUGAGGGUAAUGACAAGGAGAUCCAGAGGAUCAUGGGAAACUAUGACAAGCUGAAGUCUCGGAUCAGUGAAAUUGUGGACAGCAAGCGCCACCUAGAGAUGGAUCUGAAGAAACAAGCUGCCGACUACAGGGAGAUCGACAAGAAGAUGAACAGCAUCAAACCAGACCUGAUCCAGCUCCGCAAGACCAGAGACCAGUACCUCAUGUGGCUGACCCAGAAAGGAGUGAGGCAGCGGAAGUUGAACGAAUGGCUCGGCCUGAAGAACGAGACCACAGAGGAUGAGUACAGCAUGGUUGAGGAUGAGGAGGACCUUCCUCACCAUGAUGAACGUCUGUGGCGUCUGGGCAGCAUCAACCGCAGUCAGGCAGAGUCGCUGCUCCGUGGGAAGAGAGACGGAACCUUCCUGGUCCGAGACAGCAGCAAACCAGGCUGCUACGCCUGUUCCGUAGUUGUGGAUGGAGAGGUGAAGCAUUGCGUCAUCAAUAAGACCCAGACCGGUUACGGGUUUGCAGAGCCUUACAACCUGUACGGCUCUCUGAAGGAGCUUGUGCUGCACUACCAGCACACGUCGCUGGUCCAACACAACGACUCGCUCAACGUCACACUGGCAUUCCCCGUCUACAGCCAACAACGACGGUGACAGACAGCAAGCAUCCCUCUCCUUACACAGGACACACUCAUUACCCUCCUCACAGAUCACACGUCACUCACACACGUCCCGUCAGACUCUGAUUAAAGAAGGCCAGGAAUAAAGAGAAUCUCCCCUCCACAGAGGCCAGGGGUCAGAAUUUGCUUUCUUGCUCACAAGACACUUGCUGUCUUAAGAGAAUCCAACUCUGAGCUUUUACAGGGAUACUCAAGUGGUGCUCCCCUGACACUGGGUUUGUUAACCCUCAACCCCAGCACCUGUUAUGUGAAUCUGAAUUAACCGGUGUAAACACAACCUGGUUAGCACACCUAGAUCUGCUCCGUGUUUAUCUUUAUGACAAUAUAAACCUUGAUGUGUAACCCUAGGUCUGAUCAGUAUGGCAGUCUUAUUGCACUCUGUAUUUUACAAAUGUUCUCCUGAUACCACUCAUUUUAAGGUGUGUCCAUAAUUUAAAUGAGUCCAUUUAAACCGGCUCAUGGAGGGGAAACGGCAGUGUGAGAAUAAAUCCACACAUCAGAUCGAACUGUUGGGAUAAUCUGCAUACCUGGACUCUGUGUGUGCAUGUGUGUUCGAGAGAGACAAUACUUCCUCUCUACUUGCAAUAAAUCCUAUGAAUAUACAGGAUGAGGAAGAUGUCCUGUUUGACUCAACCUACACUUUGUUUACUGAGUGAAACAACACCCACUCUGUUGAUACUCAGCUGUAGUGAGACAGGUACCAGCUGAACUCGACCAUCUGUUUACUAGGAGCGAUUUGAUGCCUGUUCUGUUCCAGUUUCCGUCCGAAAGGGACUGGUCAUAUGGGAUAUCCCUACCAAUCACCCCAACAGGUUAACCAGUCGUGUCUGGACUUCAAUGACAAUACUAUGGAUUAUGAUGGCAGUAAUGAUGUUUGAAGCGAACAGAUGGACAGUGAUAAUGGCGUUCAUGUCAAGAAUAAAACAAUGGACAAUUGAGAGAGCGACUUGCUGACACUGUGACUGACUUUUAAUGAGGGCUAAACGAAGGCAAAGCGAUUUACAAAAAAAAAAAACAACCCAAAAAAAACAACACCCAACCCAGAAUCGUCACUCGACUCAGAGGAAGUGCUACUUGUUUCAGACAGUGGUCAUGCACAGUGGAUGUGCCCAUGACAAAGCAUUGUUAAAUUCUCCAGUUUACAGAGCAAAUGAUUUAAUACUUGUCCACUUUCAUUUCAUUAAAUGCUUUAUGGCACAAGUACAAAAUCAACAGAAACUCAGUCGUCAUGAAACAAAUGAUUGGAUAUCCAAAGUCAACUUUUCUGGAAUGAAGAAACAUGGGCUGUUUUCUUUUUCAUAUUGGCCCAAUUUUAGUUUCAGAAUUAAAACAAAUGGGGGCGGGGGGUUUACAUCAGAUCUCCUGGCCCUCUUUGCUACAGAUCAUCCCCCAAAUGUGGCCACGAACUUGGUAAAAGUGGAAAAAGGAUGCCCAAAUAGGAGUCAUGAGAGUUCCACACAACUCGUGACAAUUUCUUUUCAGUAACUUUUUUUCCUCUGGUUAUGAAAAAUGUGACUUUGUUUUAUAGAGCAGACAGUUCUAGAACUGAGUCCUAAUGCCCCCUAGUGGUAACAGCCACCCCUAAACCGUGAAUUGGCAAAAUGACCAUUUAUUGACUCAGUAACGAACUUAUAUUUAUGGAAAGACUUGGAAAAUCCUGAAGUUUUUUUUUUUUUUUUGUCCAGGCCUUGAUCAGCUGUGGAAAUUAACAUCCAAGAAUUUUGGAAAGACCAUGGAUUAUUUUUUUUCUGGGGGAAGAUUGUUUAUUGUUGAGCUUGGUUGCUGGCAGAUUCUACUGAAGAAUUUAGAACGGAGAUGAAAAUCUUAGUCCCUGGUUAGUGUUGAGUUGAUAUGUCCAACUAAAAGCCUAAAAAAUUUGGAUUUAAGUGCUGAACGAAAAGUAUGGGACAUAUUAAAUGGGAGAUACUGGCGAAUAUUAGUUCUUGGAAUUGUGGUUUGUGUUUAUCCAACAGAUUAUUUGAAUUAAGAGUCCCUUGAUGCAAUUUGUCAUCUGUUCUGCAAGCUUUAUUUAUCCUGUUUUUCUUUCAAUUUGUCAGUCGGCCAGGCUAUCAAGUCAACUGUUUUCUAAAAAAUAAAGAUGUCAAAAUAACUGUUGAUCCACAAACAUUUCUAGUGUGUAA